CUCUCUCUCUCUCUCUCUCUCUCUCUCUCUCUCUCUCUCUCUCAAUUACUGUUGGUUGGUGAAUUUGCCAAAAUUUUGCAGAAAUUUCAAAUGUGUCCACUUCGAAUUAUUUUGAUUUUUCUUUCUGCUGCUCUUGCCGGAUUUUUCGUCCUCAAGAAUCUCAAUUCUUCCGAUGAUGUCGACCUCAAUCUUCUUCCUGAUUCUCCAAAACCUAAAAAUUCUUCUCCGAUUUCAUACAAGGAUAAGGUAAUGGCGGGGAUUUGUUCGAGUUUCUGGACGGUUGUGGAUAUGGCGAGCGGUCGGUAUCUCUGGAAGUAUUUCUCUGCUGCUUCAGCUAAGAGCUCGUCUUAAUUCUUUUUCGAUACGAUAUAAUACGGUAGUUGUAUUUGUUGUUGUGAUGAUGAUGACGAUUCUGUUAAUUUGAAGAAGAUGCAUUAUUGUUGUAAUAUUCUAUGAAUAAUAUGUACAUAUACAUGUUUGUUAAUGAUAUGGAAAUUUUGAUUUUUCUCUUGUGCUUAA